UGCGAGGGAGGAUGUGGUAAGAUAACUAGGGUUUCCUUUAUAUAAAAACCCCACACAGCCUCCCUCACCCUUUUGCCUUGACUCAGCUGUAGCCGUCUUCAUCCCUCUUCCGACUUCGCCAUGAGUAAGCUGCAAAGUGAGGCAUUGAGAGAGGCUAUCACCCAGAUGAAGACCAAUGGGGAGACAAAGAAGAGGAAGUUCACUGAGACUGUGGAACUGCAGAUUGGUUUGAAGAACUACGACCCACAAAAGGACAAGCGUUUCAGUGGUUCCGUUAGGCUUCCCCACAUUCCUCGCCCCAAGUUGAGGGUUUGCAUGCUCGGAGAUGCCCAGCAUGUCGAAGAGGCAGAGAAAAUGGGAUUGGCCUACAUGGAUGUGGAGUCGCUGAAGAAGCUUAACAAGAACAAGAAGCUUGUUAAAAAGCUUGCUAAGAAGUAUCAUGCUUUCUUGGCUUCUGAAGCUGUCAUCAAGCAGAUUCCUCGUUUGUUGGGCCCUGGUCUCAACAAGGCAGGUAAGUUUCCUACUCUGGUGAGUCACCAGGAAUCUCUGGAGGCAAAGGUUAAUGAAACCAAAGCCAUGGUCAAGUUCCAACUCAAGAAGGUUCUUUGUAUGGGUGUUGCUGUUGGGAAUCUUGCCAUGGAGGAGAAGCAGAUUUUCCAGAACGUGCAACUCAGUGUCAAUUUUUUGGUUUCUCUUUUGAAGAAGAAUUGGCAGAAUGUGAGGUCCUUGAACUUGAAGAGCACCAUGGGCAAGGCAAUCCGAAUCUACUAAAAAGUCCUUAUGUUUGAGCAGGAACUUGUGUGGAAGAAGAGAGUAGCAAAAUUAUCCUCCUUUUUGUUUAUUUUAGUUUAAAUCCCUAGCCUAAAUUACAAGGAGACUGAUUUUUGUUAAAGUGAAUGCUUAAUUUUGAAGGGAUCUUGUUUGUUCUUCAA